AUGUCCCUUAGAAAAUUCAUUCUGCCGUCUUUUUGCAUGAUGGUUGCAGUCGCUACUUAUUCAAAUAAUUCUUCUCCUAAAGCAGUUGAAAGUCUUCCUGUGAUAGAUCUAGUAUCAAUAGAGGAUUUUUUAUACGAUUUUAACGUGUCAUUUGGAAGUCCAGAGCAGACUUUGGAUAUUCGUCUAGAUAUAGCCAAUGGUGUUUUAUGGGUUCCCGGAGCGCCUUAUUUUAAAUCAUGUGAUGAUGAUAGUGAUGAGGAAGACGCAUCCACAUCUUCAACCGGCAAUCCAACGUCAACCUCAGAUUAUUCCUCUUCGACUUCAACGAGUUGUCCCUCUGGUUAUUCACUUUACUCCAUUCUGGAAUCGUUAAAAAACUCCUCGUCAUACAGUUGUUCAAGUGGUGGCUUGUUUCAUGGUAACAAAUCUGAUGAUUUUGCGUACUGGUCUUUGAGUUCAGAUAGUGAAGUCCUCGAUGUAAAUGAUGCUUCAUAUUUCGAGUCGAUGUAUUCAGACUAUAUAUUUGUUUCUGGUUUCUGGGCCUCGGAUAUCAUGAAGGCAUCAGUCGAAAAUUUCACUGAAUACGUUAACUCUGAAGACUCAGACGAAUCCGUUCUCAAACUUGUAAGAAGAGAUAGAAAGGACGAAAGUUCUUCAGAUAUAGGUAACAAGUCCAGCACAUCAAGCACAUUAAAAUCAUCAACAUCAACUUUGAAGUCAUCUGAAUCUUCAUCUUCAACAUCUACAGCGGAGGUCAGUAUUCCAAAUGUAAAAUUUGUGUACUCGAAUGCCUCUGAUGUUAGUAUCGGUAGUAUGGGGCUCGGCAUGGGAGCGAUAUUGACAGAGAAGUACAAUUUCUUGAGUGGGUUUGUUAAGCAGGGUCUAAUUGAAUCAAAUUCAUAUUCUCUUGCAUUAAAUCCGACGAACACUUCAAAACCUUUACUUAUUUUGGGUGGUAUAGAUACCAGUAAGUAUGACGGUGAUUUGUCGUUGUACCCAUUUAUUCCCGUUUUGGAUCAAAGUGGUGUCAUAUUAAAUGGUACGGGUGCAGUUAACAAUAUCCUACCGGUUAUUCCUGUUACUGGAUACGGAGUUACAUCUAAUAGUAGUGGUCAGUCGCUAGUUUUUUCAUCCACGUAUGAUGACAAGAUGUCGAACUCAUCGUAUCCAAAACCAGCAUUGUUGGAUUCACGUACUUAUUACAAUUACAUACCAUUUUCGACACUAAUUGAGAUUGCUGUGGAAUUAAACGCUUAUUACGCAAAAUCUCUUCAAUCCUGGCUUGUUGAUUGUAACGCUGGUAUCUCUGGAACAGUUGAUGUUUACAUGGGUAAUAUGUCUAUCAGCAUGAAUAUUUCAAGUCUCCUAUAUCCUGCGACAGAUGAUAAUGAUACUGCUUUGUACUUCCUGAAUGGUGAUGAGGCCUGUUUACUUUCCCUGCUUCCAGAUUAUGAAUUGGGAUACUCUGUUUUGGGAACACCUUUUCUUAGACACACAUAUAUUGCUGUGGACAAUGAAGGUAGAGAACUAGCAAUUGGAAAAGCUGCCAUGUAUGGUGAAAGCACAGAGAAAAAGCUGCAGCAAAAUGAGAGUUCAUCUGUGAACUCUUUAUAUGCAAUCGAGUCUGGGCUAAUACCGUUUGCUAAGAAAAGCAACAUAACCAGCUAUGAGGAUUUGACUAUGACAAUCCCCAAGAGUAUCAAUGCAACUGGGUCUAUAGGCAUGGCGUCUGAAGUGCAAAUAUCUAAUGGUGAGGUUUACGUGCCAACAGGAAAUGAAACUAAACGAACGAUGACUGCUACUGGUUCUUCAUUAAGUUCCGCAAAGGCUUCCGGAUAUUCAAAGCAAAAUAAAAAUGACGGUAAUAUGGGAUGUGCAAAUAGCAGAAUUACAUUGGUGGCCACAUUCCUUAGCAUAAUAUUGGCAAUUCUAUGA